GUAAUGCUGGCGUGAUAGAUACUAUGCUGGCAUAGAGUGUGUGAUGAAGUGCUUUUUUCUUUUGAGUUGCUUCUGGAUUUACCUUGGAACUUCAGUGGAUGCUCAGAAAAUACCCCUACACUUUGGAUAUAUUACUACUCUCACUGGUAGCUCAUUUAUAGGGGAUGGAGGCAUACCAGUUGUUGAUCUGGCAUUAAGACUUAUAAAUGAGAGGGAUGAUGUUCUUCAAAAUUAUACACUGAACUAUACAGAUGUAUUAGACUCAGAGUGCAAUCGCACUGUAUCACUUGAUCGGUUCUUUGAAUUAAUUAAUAGUGAUAUCACAUAUGUAUCACUAUUGGGUUGUGGGUGUUCUACAGCUACCAUACCAGUGGCAGAAAUCAGUCAUUACUGGAACAUACCACAACUAGCAGCAAUAGCUGGUGCAUUUGUUUUAAAUGAUCGAACCAGAUUUAGAAAUUUCUUUCGCACUCUUGUUUCAUUUCGCUAUGUUGGUGAUUCAUUGGGACAAUUAAUGAGAGAGUUUGGAUGGAAAAAGUUAUCAAUCAUAACACAAGAUGAGAGUUUAUUCAGAGCAGUGGCAAAUGAUCUUAAUGAUAUAUUUAAUAAUGAAAAAUGGGAAUUAGAUAGAUAUAAUGUCAUAUCAGAGCAAAGUGUACAUCCUUUCUUUGGCAGAAGUGAACUCCAGAGUUUUAGGAUAUUUUAUAUCAAUACAUACCAAGAUAUUGCGUAUCACAUAUUGUGUGAGGCGUAUCAUAGAGGUAUGACUGGUCCUGACUACUUGUGGAUUAUUCCAAUGUGGUACAAUGAUAACUGGUGGAUGUCAAGUAGUCCUUCAGCCUCUACUAAUUCUUCCUGUACUGAUGCUAUUAUGAUGGAAGUUAUAACAGGAACCAUAGGCUGGGUUCCUGAUGGAUAUUUGACACUUCGGAAUGAGUCACAAAUUACAUUUUCUGGUCUAACCUCAAGUACUUAUAAUGACAUGUAUGCCAGUUUACUUAACAAGUCUCAAUAUAAAAAUAUAACAGAGCUUGGAUUGUCUGGAGUUGUUUUUGAUGGAAUGUGGGCAAUAGCUAUUGGAUUAGAUAUAGCAUCAAAGAAAAUAUCAUCUGGUAAUGACAGUGGGUGUGAGAAUGUACCAGGAGAUCUAGUACCAUUGGAACAAUUUAACUACACCAACACAAAACUAGGCUGUAUUUUUAAACAAAGUUUCAGUGAAGUUGACUUUCUCGGAAUAACUGGUCAAAUAAGGUUUAAUGAAAAUGGUAGUAGAAAUGACAACGUUAUACUAUAUGAACAAUACAGAGUAUCAAAUGGAACACUAGCUAAAUUCAUAUUUGGUAGCAUAACUGUUCGUCCUCAGAGAAAUGUUUUUCAAUUUGCCAUUGGAGAAUCAAACAACACACUUUGGAGUAGUGGAAUUCCUCCUUAUGAUGGAUAUCCAGUUACCGGAAUUGAUCAAAACAGUAUUGUACUAGUUAUUAUUUAUGAUGUAGUGGCUGUUUUUGGACUAGUUUUUGCAACUGGCUGUUUUAUUUUCAAUAUCAUCUUUAGAAAAAAGAAAAUAGUAAAGUUAACCAGUCCUAAUUUGAAUCUCAUCAUAAUACUUGGAUCAGUAUUACUGUAUGUAUGUGUCUUCUUUUAUUCUUAUUCUUCAGCCAAUAAGACUGUAGAAGCAAUAUUCUGCAAUGUGCGUGUGUGGCUAUUUUCUUUGGGAUAUUGUCUUUGCUUUGGUGUUAUAUUAUCAAAAACAUGGAGGGUAUAUUAUAUCUUCAACCAUUCAAAACCAAAGAAAAAAGGAGUCAAAGAUUGGGUACUUUUACUUCUUGUAUUAUUUAUUGUUGCUAUUGACAUUGUUAUAAUUGUUGCUGGCUCUAUCAUUCCCCAAUCAAGACUCAUCAGCUUUGAAGAGGAAGAUGGUGAACAUUCUCAAAUAAUUAAUGAUGAGGAUAAAAUACAAAACAAUUUGAUUUUGGUUUGCAAUACUAGAGUUGGAAGUCUUAUUUGGCUAGGCCUUUCAUUUGGUUAUAAAGGUAUACUUCAAGUACUGGCUAUUUUCAUGGCAUUUCAUACUCGCCGUGUCAAAGUCAGAAUCCUCAAUGAAUCAAAAGAAAUUGCUGCAAUCAUUUACAUAAACAGCAUCAUACUAGUUCUGUUGACAGUGACUGAGUUUGCUCUUGCAACUCAUCAUAAUACCUAUUCAGCAUUGUUUGGACUUGGCCUAAUAAUUGAGGCAUCACUGUUCCUUGGAUUAAUUUUUAUUCCUAAGAUGAUUCGCUUGUAUCUAGAUCCUAAAGGAGAGAAGAUUUUUACACGAACAAAUGCUUCUUCUAAUUCUAACCAAUUAGUUCAAAAUGAUAAUAAAGAUUCGUCUGAAGAAAUUAUUACCAAUUUGCGACAAAGAAUAAAAGAAUUGGAGCAAAAAACUUUCAUUGAGCUAAAAAGUGAAGAUGAAAAUUGACUAGCAGACAAUUUUAUAUAAAACUAGUACAUUGUAAUAUGUAUCUAAAUUUAUUGUGCUACAUCAUACCGUUUAUUUAGUGUUUUAACAUUGUUGAAUUUUUGUAUUGUUGUUUGUAUGCAAUUUAGUUACAUUCAGUCAUAAGAUGACUAACUACUCA